AUGACACGUUCAUUGUGUGCCUGUUGUCAGUUUCUCCGUAAAGACAAACAUAUUUCUAAUAGUCAAGAUUUAGAAGCCGGUGUAAAAAGUGAGGUAAAAAAUAUUAUUCCUAUUAUGUUAAACACAGAAAAUUGUAAUUUUAAAUUAAAAAAUAAUAAUAUUAAUGAUAAUGCUGUAAUUGUUAAUGAAACUACAAAAUGUAAUAAUGAAAUUUUUCAUACAGCAAGAACAGCUCGUGAAGAUAUUGUAAAAGAUUACAAAACUAUGGAGCAGUUAGUUAAAGAAAUAAGAUUAGACAAUGGUAUAAUAGAUACACCACGAUUACCAACAAUAGAUGUUACAUUAAUUGAAUCAUCACAGAUAAAAGUUGAAACAACAUUACCAAAAAGUGAUUCAAAUAUGGGAGAUAAAUUUAGUGAAACAGGAUCUUCAUUAAGUUCUCCAAAUUUAAAAAAAUAUAAAGAUUGGGAAUCAGGUAAUUCAACAUCUGAUAUUAGUCAAAUAUCACCAGUUCGACAAGAAUCUGGAUAUGAAAGUUGUACUUUUGAAGAUAUAUCUUUAGAUGAGGUACAAAUUAUUGGUAUUCAAACAGAAAAAGAUGAUAUUUUAAGAAAAAAAAAGUCUUUUUAUGGUCAUAUAUCUACAAUACCGCAAAAUUUUUAUAUAAUUUUUUCAUAUUUAUAUUUUUUAUUUAUAUCGACUAUUUUUAGAAUUGUAAAAAAAAUUCUAGGUUAA